CGCGAAGAGAACGGAGAGAACGGAGAGUGCUGUUUUUGGUUUAGUGUCAUCAACCAGUCUAGUCUAACUUGAUAGUUGAACCAUGGCGGCUACGGACAGCAGAUCCUCCGCAGCGACACGAAAGUCUCGUAGUGGCGACGGGGAGGACCGCUUCCGUCAGUGGCGCAGGAGCCGAGAACGCAAGAGGGCCAGAGCGGCUGGAACAACAGCUGGAGGCAGCAGAGGAACAUCCGAAGAAAAAACGAAGUCUAAUCACGACGAUGAGAAACCAAGUAACCAAGGAUCCACUUCGAAAGAAGAAUCCACGGAAAGACCUUUCAAAAAUGAAGAACCCAAAGAAACAGCCUCCAAAGACCAGGACGAAAUCAAUGCGAAAAAGCCAGCUGCUUCCACCACUUCCACUUCCUCCUUUUCCAUCAAGAAGCGAAAGCAAAAGAAUCGUAGUCCCAACGAAUCCUCCAAAGGCCCAGAAGUCACAAAAGAUACAUCAGAUGUUGUGGACGAUGCCUCUGUUCCUCGCCAGGAAGAUCCAGAGCCAGAGGAAAACAACCACCAUACAGCUACAUGCAUCAACCCACUCGUCGAAGAAAUGGAAAAACAACUGGAAGGAAAAAGCAAUGAAAUUUCGAGUCUCAAACAACAACUAGAAGUAGAACGACAGUACAAAGCCAAAUGGGAACGGGCCGAACAAGAACUGUCAUCACAAAACAAACAAAUUACUAUUCUAGAACAAGCACUCCAAAAGCAAAAGGAAAAACAGACCAAACGCAGCCAUCAGCAGAUUGCAGACAAUAAGACUAUUCACAGCCUCAAUUGUCAAGUCUAUUUUUGGAAACAGAAAUUACAAGCGUACCAUCAGACCAUCCAAACGGCGUCAAUCCCCGUCAUGUUGCAACGACAAGCGCAAAUCAUGCAACUGUCAUUUGACUCCCUUAUCACCAGUGAAACUGAGAUUGAUGAGGCACUGCUGCGAGUCAUCCAAGAACCUUUUCCUGCAUUGACGUAUCUUCCUCCUUCCGGUCUUUUGCCAGUUGAAAACGGACCAUCCACAAACAACCAUGACAACAACAACAUGGACGGCGAAUGUAGCCAGAAUGGAAUUGCCAACCGGCAAACAUCGGCAGACCACGCCAGCAAUUCAAACGCUUCAAUUGAGGGGAUGACGGCGGAGGCGAAUGCUGCUACUACGGACAUCAACAAGCUAGUUGCUGAUGCUCCAGAUAUGCCUGGUGAGGGCAGAUCCACUGCAGCAGAGAAAUGUGACGACAAAGACAAAACUUCUGUGGCUCUGGGAUUAGAGCUAUCCGCAUCCAACGAGAACGACAAUGACGACCGGGAUAGUCCUGCUCAACGUGAAUCAACCAAAGAGAAGUCAGAUCAUGGCGACGAGGAGGAGGAUCAUGGUUCUCAACCAAAGCGCUUGUCGGUUGACGACGUAGAUGGGGAUGUAUCCGCACAUUCCACUGGUCCAGAGGGCACGAAGCAUUCAUGUGGAUCGGAUGAACUCGUUGGCGACAAGGCUGAAGAAGAAUCGACAACUUUGGAGAUGACCGAGGAAGCAACCGCCAGCGCCACGCAAAAGGAGGAGGAAACAGCAAUACACAACGACCAGCCGGAAAGGGACGAGGCCGAAGAAACAAUAUUAUCCAGCCAGGAGACGACGUUGUCACUGACUGUGGCAGUACCGCUUCAUAACAAGUUGCCAUCUGAAGCGGAGCUUGGUACCAGUACUGAACACUUGGAUCGUAGCAGCAAUGAAAAGGAGGAAGCGAAAGCAUCCCAUGAGCAAUCGGAAGCACCACAAGAGCCUGUCGAAGGAAAUAAUAGCAAAGGACGAGAAUCCAGUCCUGUCGUUGAUGCGGAGGUAGCUUUGGCAACAAACGAGCCUGGCGGUCGGCCCAUCAGCGAAGACAACGACAAUGAUUUGGCGGUAUUGGAGAUGGCUAUUUGUGACGGCGACGGCACGAAUGAAGCAACGAGCUUGGGAGAAACGGACAAGCUGGAAAAUGAAAGUACGUCUGCUGAACAGCGGGACGAGUCAAAAACUGAAACUCCAAUCAAUGUCGAAAAGCUGGGAGAGGCUGGACUGCCUGGAGCUGAGAGCGGCAAAAAUGACAACUCCGGAGAGGAUAGUGGUGACACGUCGAAAGAUUGCCAAGGCGAUCUCUUGUGGAGCGAUGAUGACGACGACAAUGCUUCCAAGGCAUCUCGGCGGUCGAGUCAAAGUACACUUGACUCGUGGAGACAAACACGGCAGAAAAAGUCGAAAGAGAAUCAGUGGAUGUCAACCCGAAAGCAAACGAUUCAGCUCGAGAGGAAGCAGAAACAGAUUGAAGACUUUUACCCUCAAGUUCCUGAAAGAGCGAAGAACAAGACAUAUUCAGGUGCCGGGCGGAAAUCAACCAUCGGAUCGAAAAAGAAGGGCAGUGCAGCAAAGAAUGCUGAGCACACUCCUGGAGCCAAGAAACGGAAGACGAUUGUGGAGAGUGAAGAGCAGGUCGAAAAGCGCUCACGCCGUCGCCGGGAACCUAACACUGACUUAUCGGGCGGCAUUGAGAUUGACGACGAGAACGCUGGAUCGUAUGAAACUCCCAUGGUGGUCAAGUACAAGAGCAAACCGCAACAAAUCAGCGAAGAUCCUACAAGCGGUACUGCCUCAAAACCACGCCAGAAGCACGUCAAUCGGGUCUCUCUGUCCGCGACGAAGAGCGUUUGCGCAACCCCUGAUUCGUUUCGAACCCCGCAGAGUACACAAGUUCCUCUCGGUGGUGCGAAUCCAGACGCACCGAAUGGCAAAGAGUCCAACUAUCGAUACAACAAAGCCGUUGAAACGCCUUCUCCGAUUUCGAGCUUUUCGUCACAAGAUGCCGCCUUGGGUGGAAGUCCUGCUGACGAGCUUGAUGAUGCAGCUCUUCUCGUAAAAUCCAAGGAUCGACCCACAGAGAAAGCGAAAACAAACAAGACGCGCAGAAACGGCCGUGCCGACACAGGAAGGCAAGCCAAAGCUGUGCAGUUUGUUGACGAAGAAGAUAGCCUCUUGAAAUAUUCUCAACCCACAGUCCACAACAAUUCACUACCAACGGUCGUCAAUGUUGUUGAUGUGGAGAUGGAAGAGAGCCAAGCACACCAGAACGACGAUACUAGCCAACAUCAUUCUGGAACAACAAAGCACUCGUCCGAAGUGAGCGACAGCCCAAGAAAAGCUGCAUUCGAUGGCGACACUCAGGGAACAGAAACUCAAGUCGAUCCCAAGCUGCUUGGCACCCCUCCGAUGUUCACCAAGAAGCCCAGUAAUCCUGGCAAGACAAGGGACACCAAAGACCCUUGCAUCAAUGAAACUCCAGGCAGCGAGACUCAGGUCGACACGAAGCUCCUGCAUACUGCAGAAAGCAGCUCGGUCAAACUAGAUGCCGGUGACACUCAAGGAAGUGAAACUCAGGUUGAUCCCAUGUAUUUCGGGACUAGUGGACGCAUGGUUGGCUCACAGGCGAUCAAAGCGACAAGUGGAGGAGCAUCCACACUUGCUUUUGCCGACACCCAGGCCAGCGAAACGCAACUUGAUCUCAGAUAUGUCGGCAUCGGGAUUAAGGCUGGUUCUCAACCGAAGAAGAGCUCAAGUGGAAAGGCAAAUGCUGCCGUUGCUGACACUCAGGGCAGCGAAACUCAGUUUGAUCCCAAAUGGGUUGAUGGCAGUAUCGCGAACAUGGCCGCGCCGAAGGAAGUGCCUACGAAAAGAGCUCGCACCAAUGUGCAUCGGGAAACUGUCCCACAAAAGCGGCACAAUGACACGCAAGGUAGUGAAACCCAAUGUGAUCCUGGACUGCUCCUAGAUAGCACACCACAGAAAGCACGGUACGGGUCACAUGAAAACAGCACCGAGGGCGGGAAGCCCAAGAAGAAGAACUCAACAUCACAAGCUACCGAGAAGGCUUUGCAUGCCGCCGCGGUACCCAGCAAGGGCGAAACUACGUCAAAGUUCACCUUGACACGCCGGGUUCCUAGUUUCUCCUCUCGAAAGACCUCAGCGAGUGCUCCCAAGAAAAAGAAAGCACCGACACGAUCAAACCAAAAAGGCUGGAUAUCGACCAGAAAGGAAAAGAAGUCAGAAGAUUCCUUCGAAACAAUGACGACCAAUCUGAGGGCACCGGUUCAGUACCAUGGAAGAGCCAACCGAAGGAUCAUUGACGCAAAACUUCCUGUUCGGUCGAACACCCGAGCGCCCGGCAAGGAAAACGACAAUGAAUGGAUGGAAGACAGCGGCCCGCAGAGUCCACAGAGUCCGAACUAUGCAUACAUUGACCCACGGCGGUCGAGAAAGCAUGUUCAAGCUUGCGACCGUCGCGACUGCCCAGAGUGCAAGGCAUUCUACGAUGUGGUGACGCGUCAGUUUGCUCGCCAGGGCAUGGUUCAUGAUGAUUUCCAAAUGGCCAGACAGGACAGAGUCCAACAUUCUCGACAUACCAAGUGGACAAAGGGCAUUACAGAGCAAAACACUCCGGAUGGGUUUUGGGAGAUGAGUUUCAAAGACUCAUUGGACCGUAAGGCAGAGGAAGCUGCGGCUGUCGGAGCUGCGGCUUUGCAAGACCGCCAAAAUCAGCAAGAUAUUAUGCACUGGUUUUUGGAGCAAGAGGAAGACGAGAAUGAGGAAAUGGAGCGCAUGGCCCUUGCGGAAGCCGCCGCCACUGAAUUGACCCCUGGUGCAUACUUGGUUGAGGAAGAAAAACAAGCUACCAGCACUUCAUCUAAUCAGGAGGAGAACACAGCUGCACCCCAAAUUCCUGAGGGUCAGCAGGUUGAUGAAGAAGCGGAAGAGAAUCCCUACUCACAGACUCAAAUCUAGCUGGCAACGGGAUCAGCGAGGAUUGCAAAGCCAUCACAGUAGUAGCUACUAGUAGAAGGAAACCAAAAUGGAAGGCUCCAUCCAGUUGGCUGUAGUUUGACUUUGGAUCCCUUUAAAAUGGCACAGCUCAAUGAUGUAUGUAGCCCCCCUUUACGUAGAUAGAAAAUGGUGCAUUUGAAAGAUCAACUCCAGG